CUUCUUAUCUGCAGAUUUGUUUCACUGUGUUUGAAGUCACACAGAGAUGAGAGGAGCAGCUCAGAGCUUAACCGCAGCAGCGAGUGGAUUUGUCGUCGUCCUCCUUCUCACUGUGCCAGUGGUACAGGGUCAGGAUGACUGGGGAGUGACUUACUCUCCUACUCAGAUCUGUGCCCUUGAAGGAUCAACGGUGGAAAUAAACAGUCUCUUCAGCUACCCAUCCGCAGUCAGAAGGGUUUCUACUACAGUUCAGGACACAUUCUGGUUUAGGAAAGAGAUAGAUGGGGUUUAUUCAGAUCUGAGAAGAGUCCCAGAGUAUUCACGUCGUGUGACGUAUCACUGUGACAACAAGAAGUGCACUCUGACAAUAGAAAACCUGGUGAAGAGCGACUCAGACCCUCAGAUCCAGGUGAAUGUCAUUCAGGUUUUUACCAGCACAAGGUUGAAUUGUCACAGCAGUUGUCAUCUACCUGAUCAUUCUUCCUACAUCUGGUACAAGAAUGAACGAGAAGUUCACAAUGAACAAGGAAAAUAUUUUCAUCUAUACACAUUUGGUCCUGAAGACAACUAUCGCUGUGCUGUAAGAGGACGUGGGGAUUUCCGUUCACCUCCAGUGUAUGCUCCAAAGCUUCUCUCUGUGUCAGUGAGUCCCUCUGGUGAGAUAGUGGAGGGCAGUUCAGUGACUCUGACCUGUAGCAGUGAUGCUAACCCAGAAGCUAAAUACACCUGGUACAACAAAAAUAGAAAUGGAAAUCCGUUUCUCAAAGGAUCACUUUCCUUCUGGUCCAUCCAGUCCUCACACUCUGGAGAGUAUUACUGCACAGCUGAGAACGAGCUGGGGAGGAGAUCAGCAAGCACCUUUAUUGAUGUGAAAUAUCCUCCAAGGAUUCCCUCUGUGUCAGUGAGUCCCUCUGGUGAGAUAGUGGGGGGCAGUUCAGUGACUCUGACCUGUAGCAGUGAUGCUAACCCAGCAGCUAAUUACACCUGGUACAAGGAGAACCAAACACUGUUUCAAGGACCAGAAGGAGUUUAUCAUUUCACUUCCAUCAACUCUGAGGACAGAGGGAACUACCACUGCAAAUGUGAGAAUCACUAUGGACAGAUCAACUCUUCAGCUCUACAUGUAGAUGUCCAGUAUGCUCCAAAGCUUCUCUCUGUGUCAGUGAGUCCCUCUGGUGAGAUAGUGGAGGGCAGUUCAGUGACUCUGACCUGUAGCAGUGAUGCUAACCCAGCAGCUAAUUACACCUGGUACAAGGAGAAUGAAGACUCACCAAAAGCUACAGGACAGAUCUUCACCAUCACUGACCUCAGACCUGAACACAGUGGGAAUUAUUACUGUGAAGCCCAGAACACAAGAGGACGUCGUAACUCCACCUUAAAUCUGACUGUUAUGGGGGGAGCGUGGAAGUUAUAUGGUGUUGCAGCAGUCUCUGCUAUUGUCCUCGCAGUUAUACUCACAUCUGUCUUCCUCUGGAUCAUUGAUACAGGGUCAGAAAGACUGGGGACUGACCUGCGCUCCAACUCAGAUCUGCGCCUUAAAAGGAUCAACAGUGGAAAUACGCUGCAGCUACAGAUCCCCAUCCAGGUUAAAUGA